AUGACAGAAUUAGCACCUACAAGUACUCUAACUCCAUCAAAAAGAGGAAGAAAGAAACAUAUAAAUGAAAAAGGCUGGAAAAGAAACAUCGCUAAAAGAUUACGAAUUAGUAGAAAAGAAUACCAGACAAGCAAAAGAAGAAGAACUUCAUCGGAACGUCAUUUGAAGGAACCCUGUAAAGAUACAUGUAAGUUCAAAUUUGGAACAAAUAUAACUGAAAGUCAACAGCUGCAACUCAAUGAAGACUAUUGGACCUUGGGUAGUAUUCAAAAAACAAUGGAGUUUUAUUGCAAAUUCUGUGAAAGAUGUUACGCCAUAACAUCGUUUUAUUAG